AUGACCCUUCUUUGCAUUGCUUCACUCGUCCUCAGCGUUGUCACAGCUACUGUGCCAAGCUCUUCCCAUGUGUUCUACAGCUCGUCCGAAGCAGCUCUUUCUUCAUGGCCUCCUUUGCAAAUCUUGAACAGCAACGCGACCUUGGCACAAGUCGCCGAGGCCGGCCCAGCUCUGAUCAACUACGAGAUCACCUACUCUUGCCGGGCGAAUUGCUGGUAUCUAGGACCGUUCUUCAUCUCGCCACAUCGUCCUGCCAGUAUCUCUGUGGAGCUCCAGCAAAAGGACAAGAGAGUCGAGCCGCAAGUCAGCUUCUCUUUGCCGUACAUCACAACUCGGGUGGCAUUGCUCGAUAUCGAAGAGGAUCGUGUUCAAUUGGCCAUCGAUGUCAAGGGUCAACGGGGGGUGACACAGCACUGGGAGCUGGGCUGGACAGUCCAAGGCAUGGUCUGCUGUCGAACAUAUUACCGCAUGAAGAUAUGGCUUCACUUGCACAAAGAUCACUAUGAGACGACAGAGCCACGAGUGCAUCGCGAUUGUGCCCCUCUGAUCACAGCAGACUCAACGCGGGAUUGCCAUACUCAGUAUGAGGCGACGGCCGAAUGCGAUGUGAAGGAAUGGCAGACUGACGCCAAUAGCGAUUGA